AAUUCAUUGCACGAUCCAAUGAAAUGGCUCACCGUUUUCCGUCAGAAAUUUAAUUUAUGCUCUCGAUUGAUCUUCUCAUCCUAAAUUUAGCGGCGAAACGUUUGGCAAAAGUUAAUUACUACCCGUUCGGAAAACAAGUGUGGGAAAUAUUAAUGAGCAGUACGCAAUUUUUGCAGUCAUUAAUUCAAUGUAUUGGGAGUGAUUGUCAAAACCCUGUAUCAUAGCAGAAACCUAAUUAUUAUCAUUGCUGCGCGACAAUAACGAAUUUUCGUAAGAAAUGGGCAACGGGACAUAUUGGAAGUGAGUUGGGUCGGUUAUCAGAACAUGGCCGUUGUUCUAACCACCUGAAUGCAAUCGCGAAUCUGAGAAAAAAACAAUAUCUCAAUUGAGAAAUAAAACUAAGCCACAGAUUUUCCUUCCAACCCAUAAAAAUGUCAGUGUUCCAGUGAAAUCUAGUUGUAACCCCUGGAUCGUGACAAAAAUGAACAAAAUUCAAUGUGUACUUUUUCCCCUAUUUUUAACCACGAAUAUCCGAUGAAAAACAGCGAUAAGGGUUUUAUCGUAUCCGGCCGCAUGGAUUCGACCGCAAAGUCAGGUUCCCGGCGUCCCAAGCGCGGAUCCAGCCGUCGUUGUCACAUAAUCCAUCGACCCGAACAGCACGAAAAUAUAGCAGUGAUUUCCAAGGAGGGUGGGAAAAUUGAUAGAAGUGCGCCAGCAAAUCUGGAAACUGCUCGAAAAAUGCUGGCCAAGCAGGAGAGCCCAAUGAAUCCCUACAAUAAAUUCGAGUAUCCAAUGAUCCCAUAUCAGUUAACGCUGAGACUCGAGGAACUGAUGGCAAUUCCCGGUAACUUGAAAUCCCCAGCGUGUGGUCCUCCACUAAAGACACCUAUUGAGGGUUGUUCCCAGCAUCCAAAGGAAGCAUCCAUCAGGCUGGAUGAAGCUGUUCACUCAGACGUAAUUGGAUUUGACGGAUUUGCGUGUAUGGGAGAAAGCAGACGGGAGUUCUAUUAUGCAGUUAAAACUAGAGUGGAAAGUGCCGUCAAGAGACACAAAAUAUUUUUAAUACGCGGAGAUUUACCAAUGCUUGUGAGAGCACUUGAAACACGUGGCUGGGUGCAGAAGUAUGAAUCCGUUAAAACCCGAAUGCUACCCUAUGCAGGCAUUAUGAGUGUGGAUUCAAAAUCAUUGGGUGAUGUCAUCCAGGGAGACGGUUCACUGAACGAGAAAGCACUUGUUUUUGCUCUUCUACGCAAUACACCACCCGACUUCAUUUGGGACUGCCGCAAUGACUUUGUUGAGUGGGACCCUUCCGUCAAGCACAAUGUGCUUUUGAAUCGUUUCGAAAGAUCCUCGGUUUAUACAUCAAAAUUGGGUAUGGCUCGCAUACUUGAACAGGCGCACUGGUUUUAUGAAGAAGAUGUAUCAAGCCUCGAGUUUCCACGUAGUUACAAUCCAGCUAGGGAUGCAAAUGCAUUUUUAGAGGAUUUUCGUCGUACGGCAGCCGCUGGCUUGUUAAAGUGGUUUGUCAUGAGAAUUCAAGAAGGGCUGAGUAUUGUUGUGGAGGAAAGUCAAACGAUUCCCAUCAGUAGACUGGAAUUUGCAGCGAAAAUAUGUCAGAGGUAUUUAGUUGAUAUUGAGCAUGAGAAUAUUGAUCAAGUGGAGACGCCAGAGACUACGGAUGACGAGUGGAAUACUUUCCUUGAAGAUUAUUCAAGCGUUAUUCACAGGGGCUUUGGAAUAUCCAAUAUUGAGGAGGAUGCUCCAGCGAAACUCGAGAAAUGCUAUUUACUGGCAUCGGAGACGCUAAAAAAACUUAGCGAGUGCGACCCGCAGUAUGAGCUCAAUGGAAUGAGAAAUAUUUGGAUUUUAAAGCCAAGUGAUCUGUGCUGUGGCACUGGCAUCAGUAUCUCUCACUGUAUCAAAGAUAUCUAUCGCCGAGUUGACUCCAAACCCAAAGAUUACUUUAUCGUACAAAAAUACAUCGAAAAACCACUUCUAAUUCGAGAAACGAAAUUUGACAUUCGUCUGUGGUAUCUCGUGAGCAACACACUUCCCUUAACCAUAUGGCUAUUCAAAGAAGCGCUGUUAAGAUUCAGCUCGAAGCCCUACUCGGUUUCCACUUAUCACGAGGCAAUUCAUCUCUGCAAUACCGCAAUUCAGCAGAAAUAUGACUACGAGAAGCGGCGGAGACGUAAAAGGGGAAAUACCGAUGAAACUGAAGAAUCAAUUCGUGAUCAAGGAUGGGAUUGCAAAAUGCUGAACGAAUAUUUAAAGACCCAGGGAUUUAGCGGCGAGCCAUAUUACGACACUAUAUAUCCGAAAAUGUCACAGGCCAUUGUGCUGACGAUGCUGGCUGCACAGGAGCAUAUGGAUCGUAGACGAUGCAGUUUUGAACUUUACGGGGCUGAUUUUAUGGUACUGGAUGACCUGUCAGUGUGGCUGAUUGAAAUUAAUACGAAUCCACGUAUGCAUCCACCGAGUUCUAAAAUAACUCAACGACUUUACGAUUCUGUACUUGAGAGUCUUGUCAAAGUUGUGAUGGACUUACCACUCGAUCCGUCCACUGAUACCGGAGGUUUUCAACUCGCUUACAAGGAGAACUCCCUGGAUUUCAUUCCCUAUCUUGGUCCUGGUCUCUUUGUAUUUGGUAAACGUAUGGUACUGCGAGAAAACGAGGAUAAGGAUGUGAACAACACUAGGACAAAUAUUUGCAGUCCCUGGGGGAGACACAGUCGUGCAUGGACAGCACCGGCUAGAUCGCGCAAUAAAAAUCCGAAGAUUGUUGAUUUUGUCAAUAGCUUCGAGCGUUGACGGACUCAACACGAAAUCUGUGAUUGUUGAUUUAUCAAUUUUCGUGAUAUACCAAUAUUUGGCGAAUUCAUUUUUGUAAAUUUGCUUGGGUAAAAAACUCUAUUUUACGGAUACCUCGUUAGUUAACUGGAAACAGCUUUCGUUUGUAGUACAAAAUUCUUCUCAGCCGUGUUUAUUAUUCUCGACAAGACCAUUUUUUUUUCAGUUCUAUCUCACUGCUCAAUCUCCAAUUACUAAUUUAUGAGUUUUCAUAAGAUAUUUUGUUUCUAUAAUAAUAAUUCUUUAUCAAGUACCAAUGCCCUCUGUCAAUGGUAAUAUUCUUGAUAGUCUUUUGAUGGAGAAUGCUUAUAAGCAAGACACUUUUUUUCGUGUUUUUUUUUUCAUUGAUUGGGGCGGAGGGAGAUUUAUUUCUACGACUCUCUAUUGACAUCCAUUAAUUGAAAUUGUCAGUUAAAUAUGCUUUGACAGCCGACUUCGGCCACCCCUCAAAUGGAGUAAUAAGAGUAAAAAUUAUAUCAAAGACAUUGGAU